UCAUCAGGUGAUGGAGUCUCGUUCAUGUCGGACACACGAGACAUUUCCGAGACAAAUUAUUUUAUAAUUUGAAGUCGAGGUCAAAACAGGAGGUUCAAGUCGAGGUCGAAGCAGGAGGUUCCAACGCUACAUCCAGACAGGGGGGUGGAGUCUGAGGGUCGUGUUACCGGCUGGUGGACGUGCGGUGUUGUGAGCAACUUCUUGUUCAACGAUUGUUUGACUCGUUAAACGCUCUUCUCAUAUAGCUCAAUGGCGAGUGCAGGAGAGGCAGGAGUUGCCAGACCGCAGGACAACAUAACAGAGGCUCACGUGAAGGCGACGCUGACGGCGGACAAGGGCAGCGAGGCCGACCUCGUCUCCUGGAGCGUUCAAGAUUUCACUAAGAAGGGUGAUAACUAUGCUUCUGUUGUUACCAGCGUUAGCGUCAAGUACUUCUUGAUGGGGAAGGAUCAGACAGCGUCUUACGUGGUCAAAAUAAACCCUCAGAGAUCAAUUGGGAAAGAUUUUGCAGAUUUUUCUUUAUCUGUAUUCAAGAAAGAAAUAGAAUUUUUCCAAGAAAUCCUUCCUCUACUCAACUCUGAACUGACUUCCCGGGGUUUCAGCAACUUAAGGAUGGCGAAGUGGUUGUACACGUCAUUAGAAAAGGAUAAAGAGAUGAUUUUCUUAGAAGACCUACGUCCUCGGGGCUUUCGUAUGUUCGACUGCAAGAAGGGCUUGGACGUGGCCCACGCCACCCUCGUCCUGCAGGAGCUGGCCAGACUCCACGCCGCCUCCCUCCUGCUGAAGGCCACGGCACCCGAGCAAGACCUGGCUGAUAGGUUCACAUACAUUAAGGUCGACUGGAUGAGUUUCUCGGCAAACGGGAAAAAAAUGUUCAAUGAGAUGUGCUCGGGAAAUUUAGGGGGUGCUGAGGAGUUGCUCAAGGACAGACCCGGCUACGAGACGGCGAAACAUUGGUUGAAUAAGCAUAAGAACAACUCUGCUGAUCUUGUCGAGCGCCUUCUGGUCAGAAAUGCCAAGUUUGAUGUCAUUUGUCAUGGUGAUUGCUGGGUUAACAAUUUACUCUUCAGGUACAGUGAAGAAGGUGAACCAGUUGAGGUGAUGCUCCUUGACCUCCAGCUGAACCGUGUGGCCUCCCCGGCCACCGACCUCAACUACCUCCUCUACACCAGCCUCCACGGCAACGACAGGAAGGCCAACUGGCGGGACUUCCUCUCCUCCUACUACGACACCUUCCGGGGUGUUAUGGAGGCCGGGGGAAGGGACAUGCCCUUCACCCUGGAGGAGCUCCACCAGGAGUACAGAGACAGGAUGGAAUACGGUCUGCUCUUCGCAUCAAUGUCGGUGUCGGUAAUGCUUAGGGAGAGCUCUGAUAUCCCCGAUGUCAUCAAUAUGAAGAAAGAGGACAUUCCGAAGUUUAUGGAAGAGGGCCGUCAGAAGACCAUUAACAUGAUGGAAAACAAUCCGCAAUUUCGAUCUCGGUUCCUUGCCUUGUUUGGGGAAUUCAUCGAACCAUGAGGGUUCAUGUCUUAGUGUUGUAGAAUAAACAUAAUCACACGAAAAA